AUGGCAGAAAUAGUAGCCACCAGCCUCCUCAGGUUUAUCUCUGAUAAACUGGCAUCAAAAGCAAUUGCAGAGUUUGCAAUGCAGACCGGCAUGGACAAAGAAAUUCGAAAGCUUGAAAGGACUCUUUCAACCAUACAAGAUGUGCUUGAAGAUGCCGAAGUUAGGCAGGUGAAGGAGAAAGCUCUUAGGAGCUGGCUAAGUGAGCUCAAAGAGUUGGCUUAUGAUGCCGAUGAUGUGCUUGAUGACUUUGCCUUCAAAGCGGCAAAAUUGAAGAAAGCCAACAUGAAGAAAAAGAUUGCACUGAGGGUGAAGGAGAUCAAUGAGAGAUUAGAUGAGAUUGCAGAAGUAAGAUCUAAAUGUAUUGGCGUAAUAGGUAUUGUUGGCUUAGGAGGGCUUGGCAAGACAACACUUGCAGGAUUAGUCUACAAUGAUGAAAGGGUUUGUGGGCACUUCCAAAAGAGGAUGUGGGUUUGUAUAUCUGAGGAGUUUGAACUUAAAAGGCUUGUUAGAUUGAUUAUAGAAUCAACAACAGGAAGAGAAUUUUCUCCAAUGAACAUGGAUUCAAUGCAGAUUUCCCUUAUAAAUCAACUCCAGGAGAAGAGAUUUUUACUAGUUUUAGAUGAUGUGUGGAGUGAAAGUCAUGAAAUAUGGGAUAGUCUAAGGGCUUUGCUUACAGUUGGUGCAAAGGGAAAUUAUUUAGGACACCUGCAGACUCUCCAAAGUCUUGCGAUUGCUCAGUUGUCUUCUAGAAUGACACGGCAGCCUGAUGAGGAAUCGCGAUCCACCUUUUACCCAGUUGAUUAG